UUUCUUCUCCUGCAAUCACAAUCAUCUCUCUCUCUGGUAUAGAGCAGCAGCACUCACCACUACUCAUAUCUCUCUCUCUAUCUUCUCUAGUCGCGGAGUCUCCGAAGCUUCUUCUCUGUCAAGAGAGGAAAAAUGCAGACGUCUACGUAUGCGGUUGUUAAAGGAAACGCUGCGUUUGCGUUUCAGAGACGGACCAGCUUCUCUUCUUCUUCUUCUUCUUCUUCUAACCUCCUCGUCAACAGAUCGGCGUCUUCUACCACCGGAAUUCGCUUCCUCGGUAACGGUAAGACCAUUCCCACCGGACCUCUCUGCUCUUCUCCUUUGAAAGCCAUGGGAGCGAAGCUCGCACGUGCUGAAAACGGGAUCCAAAGCGUUAUGAGUUUAUCUUCGGUCAAACCUCGAUCUGUCAGAGCUCAAGCUUCCUCCUCCUCUGGUGGAGAUGCAGAAGAAGCUGUACCUCUGAGAUCUGAAGGGAAAAGCUCUGGUGGUUCUGUUUUGCCCUUUGUUGGUGUUGCUUGUCUUGGUGCUAUCUUGUUUGGUUAUCACCUUGGGGUAGUUAAUGGUGCUCUUGAAUACCUUGCUAAGGAUCUUGGGAUCGCCGAUAACACUGUUUUGCAAGGAUGGAUUGUUAGUGCGCUGCUUGCUGGUGCAACAGUAGGUUCAUUCACUGGAGGUUCAUUAGCUGACAAAUUUGGACGAACAAGAACGUUUCAGUUGGAUGCUAUCCCUCUUGCCAUUGGAGCUUUCUUAUGUGCAACAGCUCAGAGUGUGCAGACUAUGAUUGUGGGACGUCUGCUCGCAGGAAUUGGAAUCGGAAUUUCAUCAGCCAUUGUACCACUUUACAUUUCUGAGAUAUCACCAACUGAAAUCCGCGGAGCUCUUGGAUCUGUGAACCAGUUGUUCAUAUGUAUAGGAAUACUUGCAGCCUUGAUAGCUGGAUUACCCCUUGCAGCAAACCCUCUUUGGUGGAGGACGAUGUUUGGUGUUGCAGUUAUCCCUUCCGUUCUACUAGCCAUAGGAAUGACUUUUUCUCCAGAAAGCCCAAGGUGGCUCGUUCAGCAAGGAAAAAUCUCUCAAGCUGAAAAGGCGAUCAAAACUCUCUACGGUAAAGAAAGAGUGGUUGAACUAGUGCGUGACUUAUCAACCUCUGGCCAAGGUGGUUCUGAGCCAGAAGCUGGAUGGUUUGAUCUAUUCAGCAGCCGCUACUUUAAAGUUGUAAGCGUAGGUGCAGCUCUCUUCUUGUUUCAACAGCUAGCUGGGAUAAAUGCAGUUGUGUACUACUCUACAUCGGUGUUCCGUAGCGCUGGAAUCCAAUCUGAUGUUGCAGCCAGUGCUCUCGUUGGAGCAUCAAAUGUCUUUGGCACUGCUGUUGCCUCAUCCUUAAUGGACAAAAUGGGAAGGAAAAGUCUUCUACUCACAAGCUUUGGUGGAAUGGCUUUGUCGAUGCUGUUGCUCUCCUUGUCCUUCACAUGGAAGGCUCUUGCUGCAUAUUCUGGAACCCUUGCCGUUGUUGGAACUGUUCUAUAUGUGCUGUCAUUCUCACUUGGUGCUGGCCCUGUACCGGCUCUUCUUCUUCCAGAGAUAUUCGCAUCCCGAAUCAGAGCAAAAGCUGUUGCUCUUUCUCUCGGCAUGCACUGGAUAUCAAACUUUGUGAUUGGACUCUACUUCUUAAGCGUAGUGACUAGAUUUGGAAUCAGCAGUGUCUACUUGGGUUUUGCCGGAGUCUGCUUCCUUGCUGUUCUCUACAUUGCAGGAAACGUCGUUGAGACUAAAGGACGAUCACUCGAGGAAAUAGAGCUUGCCCUUACCUCUGGAGUUUGAAUUUAAACAAAAAGAAAAAACCAGUUUGUUUCAUCAUUUAGCUUGUGAGUCGUUCGUUCUUUAAUCUACCACUCUUCUCAAUCUUCAGUAAAUUGUACAAUGAACUAAGUUAUCAAUAACGAGAGAAAUCGAUUCAUCGAACUA